ACUGCCCCAAAUCCCUCUACCUUCAACAGGGAUAUCAUACAGUACUCUAACCCAAUUCCACAUGGGAUGAAGUUUGCAAGCACUAAACAAAAAGAAGGCUUCAUGAAAGUGGCUAUAUUUUAAGUGCAUUUGAAAUGAAGAAAAUGUGGGGCUGCAGGAUGGUCAUUGCAGAGAUAAGAGAAACGUUCAAGGACAGAUAUUAUAUUGUUGGAUUAUUAAAAUAUUGCAUCAUAGUUCAUAGGUUGAUUGCUACAGACAGACAGUUUUGAUAUUGGAUUCUAUUUUUUCUUGUUAUUUUUUCAGUAGUCUUUUGAUGACUUGGACACAAACUGGUUUCACCAAAGUUGCAUGAGGACCAGGAACUCAAUGGCUUUGUGAUUCACAAGGUAUUCAGAUCAAAGGCCGGGUACAUUAGGCCAUCAAGCAAACUUCCAUUCCUGUUUGACAGCACAGAUUCAGAGGACAGUUGUGUGGAUGUCAACACUACAUCAGCAUCUAGUGACCACAGAACUACCACUGUGAGUCAGACCAGUCACUGUAUGACUACAAGGGCCAGGGGAACCCAAACUGCAUCAACACAGCAGAUUUCUAGUUAUCCUUUCACAAGAAGGGCCAGAGCUAACCAGCCCUCUGCAACACAGCAAGCGACCAGCGAUAUCAUGACCAGAGCUAACCAGCCCUCUGCAACAUAGCAAGUGAUUAGUGAUAUCACGACCAGAGCUAAUUUUGAAUUUUAGACCAAAAACCAUCAUGCCACACUUCUGUAAACGGAAGACAGAUAGGGCUUCAACUCCUCUUGUGGAUUUGGACAGAGCAGUGGGAGAGUACAGAAAGGGAAGUCCAUAUGUCAGGUGGCAAGGGACAUGAAGAUCGACAGGAUGACUUUAAAGCGAUACAUGGAUAUGAAACGACUAGGAGAAGUAAAAAGAACAGGGUAUAGGAGAACAGGACAUGCCAAUCAAGUCUUCGAUGAAGAAAUUGACACAGAGCUUGCAGAACAUAUAAAAAAUCUAGCUGCAAUGUUUCACAGUCUAAGUGCCAUGAAAUGUCGUGAACUGGCAUUUGAGUUGACACAACGAAAUGACAUUGAUGUCCCUGCAAGCUGGAUCAGAGAGGAAUAAGCAGGUUAGUCUAAGUGUGCAUUCAUAAAAAUAAGUAAUAUUAAUAAUUAUUUUCCCAGGAAAUGCUCACCAUCACCUUGCGGCUAGCAUAUAGAGAAGCACCCACAAAAUGACUGGAAUUUAUUCAGAGACCAUAGCUUGAAUUUGUUAUGUAAAUCUCAAUGUAAACUGCAAUGGUUCAAUAAAGGAUAAAUUAAAAAAUGACCAUAAACCAUAACUUUUAGCCUUUGCUAGGACGUGAUUGGUUCAUGAGUUUUAGGGUGCGCCACCAUCUGUCAUGCCGCACUCCUGAAGCAGCCUUCCUCAGAAGAGCCACUGCCUCUAAUAGGCACAAUGUGGGGGAGUUCUUUGAUAACCUCACUUCAGUGAUGGACAGGUAACAUGAUUUAUAGACUAGGCCUACCACAUUAACAGCACUUCAUAAGUCGCACAGACUGCUCCAUUGAUCACCUAGUUCUGCUGAUUCCUGAUAAUCAUGAAUCUCACAUUUCACUGAAGGCUGUGAAAACUGCAAAGGAAAAUGGUGUUGUCAUGCUCACUCUGCCAUCUCACACCUCCCAUUGCUUACAACCCUUAGACAAAACAGUCUAUGGACCACUGAGGACCUACUACAAUAGAGCCAUGGAUGGUUGGAUGCGUACAAACCCUGGUAAAACCGCAACAAUUUAUGACAUUCCAGGACUUGUGAAGGAAGCAUUCAUGUCUGCAAUGACACCAAGGAACAUCAUCUCAGGAUUCAAAAUUACAGGCAUAUUCCCAUUCAACAGGGAUAUUUUUCCAGAUGAAGAUUAUGCCCCAUCCAUGGUCACAGACAGAUCAAACCCAGAGGAGCCAUCAAACUGUGCUGACCUGUCUGUACCAUCAACCCAUGCCAUGAGUUCUGACUGCUCAUCAGCAGUUCCAGACCCAGACGAGCCACUUGCUACUCUGCCUGAACCAUUAAACAGAAUCAUGAAUCCUGAACACUCGUCUGUCAGUGAUGCUACUGGUUCUCCUGCCCAUUUGGGGUAUGUGUCUCCAGGAGACAUACUUCCCCUCCCUAAAGCCACAGCAACCAAACCUAGAAUGAAAAGGAAGAUAGUAAAAACAAAAAUCUUGACCGACGCACCAGAAAAGCUGGAGGCAACCAAUGACAGAGAAAAUAAAAAGACCGAAAAAGAGAAGAAAAAGACUGAAAAAGAGGAGAAAAAGGCUCUGAAAGGGUCAAAACAAAUCAAAUCCAAGAAGAAAUCUGUUGACUACAGUAGCUCAAAGGAAAGUGACAUAAACAUUUCAGUUUACAACACCAAUGACUAUGAUAGUUCAGAAGAUGACCUGAGUGAUGAUGAUAGUGAUAAGAAUCUGUCUGCUGGUGACUUUGUCAUUGUGAACUUUGUGGGUAAAAACAAAUCCUAUAAUUACAUUGGAUCCGUGGAGAAGGUUGAGGGAGCUGACAUCAGUACAAAGUUUCUGAGACAAAGUCGUGGGAGUUCUGUGGAUGGAAAGCCCACCUUCACAUUCAAAGAGAACGAUGAAGGACUCAUCCCUGGAAGUGAUGUCCUCAAGAGACUGCCUAGAUCGCAAAAACUUCAUAUUCAUAUACCCCUGCAGCAUUGACAAGUGGGAUGUUGAGUAGUAUCCUGGUCCUGUGAGGAGAAUUGAUGUUGAUUUUGUUCUGUUCUGACAGUUGAGCCAAGAGACCACUUUUUUUUGGAAAGUCAUAUUUUGAAAAGUGUUUAUUUUAGAUAUAAAGUGAUUAUUCCCAGGGAUGCACCACAUCCUGAAAUAUAUGUACAUAUUUUAGUUGAAGACAUUACUGUCAUGCUCUCACUUUAAAGACGCCUCAAGUAAAAACUGGCUUAACUCACCCUGCUCUCCCCUAGUCUAGGGGGGUCUUGGGUUGGUGUUUAGUGUCAGUAGGAGUUAUGCAGCACGUCAAACUGUAUUUAAGGAGCUUAUUUGUUGUGGAUUCAAAACGUUUAUUAAGCCACAUCAUGCAUGUAUUAAACGGCCUCUUGAAUGCUUACCAAUAUGUUAACAAUUGCAGUAGAUUAACUGCAAUUAGAACUGAUCUCAGAGCAGUUUGAACUGAUCUGUUGCCAGGAA